ACACUUUUAUUACAAUAAACCGAUAUUUCGCAUGUAUGUUUGUUUAUUUGUACUGUUAGAUCAUACAUCAUUAUGGGCUAAUCAAGCAUUUGUUAUGGUCCAAAAACGAUAAUUACCUGACGUUUACCGUUAUUUGAGUGAUUAUUGUUGACAUUUUUCUGCACCUGCGGUAUAAAGUUCUUGUAAUGCUUACAAUGAUGUCAUAAUACAAUAUUUACGGAAAGAAAAUGGAACUUUCUAUAUUCCUCGUGUCUGUUAUAUCGUGCAUCCUGACGAGUAAAUGGGUUGACGCUGUUAUUUUUCCAUAUAAUCCCUACACACUUCAAAGGCAAAGUUUAGGCAGACCAGCAAAUAUGCCGGUCGGAGGAAACAGACAGAUGAGACCGCCUGUAAACACUGUCCAGGAAAAAGUCGUUUGUCCAUCAUAUAAAAUCUAUUACGAAGGAGAUAAACUGGUAUUGGUAUUGCAGGCCGGAAAAUGUGAACUUAUUGUAGAAAAAUAUGCAAUUGAAGAUUCAAUCUCCAUGGGAGGGAAAACAUCAGAAAAAGAAAAGACCUACGUACCAGUGCUACAUUUCAAAAAUAUAUUACCUAUCUGUCGACAACUGCCGUAUGAAUAUAAAGGAUUUCAUGUUACUGUAAAAACUACCACAAACUGUCAGUUGACUUUUGCAGUUAAACAUUUCAGAGAAAUGAAUCCAUUUUCUACCCGACCGAAACUGAUUUCACGACCAGUUGUUGUAAAUACAUAGCCCAUGGCAGCAUGACAGUCAGUAAAGGAAGAGAAAACAGAUCAGGAAAAUCCAUCUUGUCUUUUUUUUUAAUUAACAAGUCUGUCAUUAAAGGUACUAUAAUCAGGCGGUAAAUGCUGAAAUUUAUAGUUUCCAGACAUGUAUAUAUAAAUGGUUAGAUAUUGAAUAUUAAUACAGACAAUAUUUGAAUUUCAAUAAA